AUGGAUUCACUGAAGCCAAAAAGCACCUGCCCUUCAAGUUUUCCAAGUUUACCAGAUGGACAAGCGCUGACAGAGCUGGAAAGCUCCAUGGUAAAUAUCAUACGGAUCUUCCAUUCUUAUUCUAAUGAACACUGCAAGCUGAGGAGGAAAAAUCUGAAAGAACUGAUCAACAACCAGAUGUCAACAUUUGUGAAGCAAGUCCAAGACACAGACACACUUGAUGUUAUUUUCAGAGACUUGGACGCAAACCACGACCGGGAGAUAGAUUUUAGUGAAUUUGCUGCGCUAAUUGCCAUGGUUACAUCAGCAUGUCACACCUCCUUCCAUGAAGCACAGUGAAGGAGUCAAGACGCCAUAGUCAUAGCAUGUAACACUAUUUUUGGAUGGAUGUGGAUUUUCAUUGUAUUUUACAUGCAGUACAGUGAAUACUAGAGAGCUGUAUGUAUUAUUUAUGCAAAAAUAUGACGCGCCGUGUCUCGGUUACAUUGCAAUCAUGCUAUUUGUAUGUGCAUUACUGCCGUUGUUCUUUCAGUUUUUUUGUACAUGCAUCUUUCUAGAGGACUCGCUGUAUGUCUCCCUAAAAUGAGCUUUACAUUCUGUGUGGAUAAGGGCCAUAUAAAAACUGCACAUUACGUGUCAGUUAAGCAGAAAAAGUAUUUUGCAUAGUGCAUAUCUCCCAACUUUUUGGACAGUCAACGAGGGACACGUUUGGGUUCAU